CUACGAAUGUUCCCUUCACAUUUUCUCCUCUGAUCUGAUGCCCCACACCACCGCCACGAGUCCCACUACAGCUGCCGGCAUCCGCUAUCUCCACCUCUUCUCCCUCCACCUACUCGUUGUGGGCUCCGCCGAUUCCUUUCCUCCGCCGCCAACAUUUUCCGUCAGCGAUGAAUCAAGGGCCAGAGUUUCUCUUCUCCUUUGCUUUACGAGAUGAUAAUGAACUUAGGUUGAUGAAGAUGAAGUAUAUUGGGGCAGGCAGAAGCAAGAAGGAGAAUCAGGCUGCUCAGAUAAUUCUACACACGUAAUAUCACAGUUAGCCCAGUGUUUUACUAAUGCUAUGGUUGGACCACGAACAUGGGUUGGAGGAAUUUUUAACCGCACAAGCAAUAAACGGUUUGGAAGUGACAAACUUAUUGACUAUACUUUGACUCCUGAACAGGAGGAAAGACUUCAUAAGCUACAAGAACGAUUAGGCGUACCUUUUGAUGAGUCUCGGCAUGAUCAUCAAGAAGCACUGCUAUCCUUGUGGAAUAUGUCAUUUCCAGGUGUUAAGCUUAAAGGGAUGAUCUCUGAGCAAUGGAAGGAUAUGGGUUGGCAAGGUUCUAACCCAGCAACUGAUUUCAGGGGUUGUGGUUUUCUUUCACUCGAGAAUUUAUUGUACUUCGCAAGAAAUUAUCCGGCUUGUUUCAAUAGGUUACUUCUCAAACAAGUUGGAGACCGAGCAACAUGGGAGUACCCAUUUGCAGUUGCUGGGGUUAAUGUUUCAUUUAUGUUGAUUCAAAUGCUGGACUUAUGUUCAGCGAAACCUAGAUGCCUUCCGGGAAUCAAUUUUGUAAAAUUAUUAGCAGAAGAUGAAGAUGCAUUUGAUGUGCUUUACUGCAUAGCAUUGGCAUUGAUGGAUGCUCAAUGGCUGGCUAUGAAUGCUUCAUAUAUGGAAUUCAAUGAUGUUUUGCAAGUGACAAGAAUGCAAUUAGAGAGAGAAUUGUCCUUAGAAGACAUAAACAGGAUGACAGAUCUACCAGCCUACAACCUUUUGUGAUUCUCUCUUUUUAGUGGCUUCGAAUACAUAGACGACAACGACAACAACAACGAAACGAACAAAUGACAGUAUAAUUGGAGUAAAUAUGGUUGGGAUCAGUGGUCAAGAUAUACACAAUUUUACCCUGUAAGAAACGAAACUUUUGUACAAUUAGACUCAUAGAUGGGUUGAUGCAUUUUUAUUGAUAGAAAGUAAAAAAAGGGAGAUAAAUUU